AUGCCUAAUCCUAUUGUUAAGGGUGUAUCGAGUUUUAUCGCUGCAUUAUCAAAGGGUUGGAACACACUAAUAACGGGAUAUCUUCCGAAGAAGAUCCAAAGUAAGGAAAGGUUUAUUUAUACCUUAAGAUUUACUCCUCCAAGAAUUCGCGGUGCAAGAAGCGAAAGCAUACUAAAUAUACUGAAAGAGAAGAAUUUUAUUAUAAAAGAAGUGCUCAAAGAAAAUAUAGGAUAUAUAAAAGGAGAAGAUUUCGAAGCAAUUAAAACGUUUGAUGACCCAAAUACUGACCAUGAAACAAUACAAUUGAUAAAAGAUUACAAAGAACCAGAAACAAAUCGUCCUUUAGAUGGAAUUAUUAAGUACUUAAUCGAUUUGGCAAAUGUCAAGAAAGGCAAGAAAAAUGCUCCGUGA